AUGCCACCUGCUGACCCUGGGUACCAUUUCUUGAUGAUGCCUCUUAUGACUACAGUCCCACAUGACAUGAAAAACUAUGAACUAAAGAGUAAUUGCCCUUCCUUUUUGGCUGCUGCUUUAGCCAGAGCCACAUCGGAUGAAGUCCUUCAGAGUGACCUUUCUACACAUUAUAUUCCAAAGGAAACGGAUGGCACAGAAGGGACUGUGGAGAUUGAGACAGUGAAAUUGGCCCGUUCUGUCUUCAGCAAACUACACGAGAUUUGCUGCAGCUGGGUGAAAGACUUCCCUCUCCGCAGGAGACCCCAGCUUUAUUAUGAGACAUCAAUCCAUGCCAUCAAAAACAUGCGCAGGAAAAUGGAGGACAAACAUGUCUGCAUUCCUGACUUUAAUAUGCUCUUCAACCUAGAGGACCAGGAAGAACAAGCUUACUUUGCAGUGUUUGAUGGCCAUGGAGGAGUGGACGCGGCCAUUUAUGCCUCCGUUCACCUACAUGUUAACUUAGUACGUCAGGAAAUGUUCCCCCAUGAUCCUGCUGAGGCCCUAUGCCGGGCCUUCCGGGUCACUGAUGAGCGGUUUGUGCAGAAAGCAGCCAGGGAGAGCUUAAGAUGUGGGACCACAGGAGUGGUGACUUUUAUCAGAGGCAACAUGCUACAUGUGGCCUGGGUGGGUGAUUCUCAGGUUAUGCUUGUGAGAAAGGGCCAAGCUGUUGAAUUAAUGAAGCCACACAAACCAGACAGAGAGGAUGAAAAGCAGCGAAUUGAGGCUCUUGGAGGUUGUGUAGUCUGGUUUGGUGCCUGGAGGGUGAAUGGAAGUCUAUCGGUUUCCAGAGCUAUUGGAGAUGCUGAGCAUAAGCCAUAUAUCUGUGGGGAUGCAGAUUCUGCCUCUACUGUUUUGGAUGGGACCGAAGACUACCUCAUUCUGGCCUGUGAUGGCUUCUAUGACACCGUGAACCCUGAUGAAGCAGUGAAAGUUGUGUCCGACCAUUUGAAAGAAAAUAAUGGAGACAGCAGCAUGGUUGCCCACAAAUUAGUGGCAUCAGCUCGUGAUGCUGGGUCAAGUGAUAACAUCACUGUUAUUGUGGUAUUCCUGAGGGACAUGAACAAAGCUGUAAAUGUUAGGGAGGAAUCAGAUUGGACAGAGAACUCUUUUCAAGGAGGGCAAGAAGAUGGUGGGGAUGAUAAGGAGAAUCAUGGAGAGUGCAAACGCCCGUGGCCUCAGCACCAGUGUUCAGCACCGGCCGAUCUAGGCUAUGAUGGGCGUGUGGAUUCAUUCACUGAUAGAACUAGCCUGAGCCCAGGGUCCCAAAUCAACGUGCUGGAAGACCCAGGCUACCUAGAUCUCACACGAAUAGAAGCACCUUACAGUCCCCCGUUUUUGCCACCAGUUGAGAUGUUCUGUCCUGGUGCACCAAAGAAAGCAAAUCUUAUUAGUGAGCUAAUAAUGGAGAAAAAAUCAGUUCAGUCAUCGUUGCCUGAAUGGAGUGGUGCUGGAGAGUUUCCUGCUUUUAAUUCAGGUUCAACAGGGCAGCAGGUAUACAGAAUGGAGAGCUUAUCUCCUGUCUGUUCUGGUUUGGAAAAUGAACAGUACAAGUCCCUGGGAAACAGAGUUUCUAGAUUGUCUCAUUUACGCCACCACUACUCAAAGAGGCGACAUGGAUUCAGGUUUAGUCCAAACUUUCAUUCAUUUCUCACUGUUCAAGAGCCUUCUCACAAAAUAGGCACUAGGCUGUCCUCACUUAUUCGAAGUGGGAAGAGAAAUAGGAUGUUAAGAAGUUCUCUGCCAUGGAGACAAAAUACUUGGAUAGGGUACAGUGAAAACAUAACGAGAAAGCUCAGAAAGAGUAAUGAUAUCCCAUACCCAGAGCUUCCUUGGAGCUAUAAAAUAUAAUUUUUCUGUGAAGUAGGUUAGCUAGCUCUCCCCCCCAAUAAAACACCACUAGCAGAGUAGAAACAAGGUAGACAUUUCUAACAUAUGUGCUCAUUAUGAAUCCAUGGAUGGCUCAAUUCGUAAAUGUAAAUAAGUCUCUAGGAAACUCAACAUACAGUGUUUUCAAUCUAAAAAAAAAAGUAUUGGCGGUUUCACUAGCAAAAUUAUACAACCGAUCUCUGUGAUGUGUCUCCACACCUACAUACGACCCCCUCCCACCUCCCUUCAUGUCACUAGUGGAAGCUUGUGAGUUAAGUUGUUUCAGUCAGGACAUAUAGUAUUGAAAUAUCGACAAAGUUGAAAUCUGGUCUGAUGUGCCUAAUAUAUCUUGGAGAAAUUAAUGCAGAAUCUAAUUGGGAAAUGUUCCUCGAAAUUUUGGGGACUAUGAAGGAAACAUUCCUCUAACUUUUCUGGAUAGGUAAAAGACUUUUUAAAAGCCAUAUAGGUUUUUAGCUGGUAACAACGAACAUAGAAAACUAGUGGAAAAGUGUUAAUAUGCUCAGACUUAGGAGGCAGUAUAUAGUCAAAAAGAUUUACUUUUUUUUUCCUGUAACAUAAAAAACUAUGAACAUUUUUUGAAUUGAAAAAUAUUUUCUAGGGCUAUAGUUACUUGGGAGUUUCAUAACCUGUUAUGGUGCUUUUGAUGGAAUUUUUUUUUAUCAUUUGUCAUUUUAGGAAACAAUUGUCAACUGGUUUUAUGAUGUGUUUUUCACUGUACCUUCAUCUCAGGAAUAAAACUGGUUUAAUGGAGAUGAUAUCAGGUACAAAUGCACUCAAAUCAAAAUGCCAUUUAAAAGAAAAUCAAAUCCAAUUUUAUAUUUUUUGCCUUUCAGUUUACAGAUAGCAAAGGUGUGUGUUACUAUAAAAUAAAAAGUGGUUUGGAGAAUUAAAUAUGCUAGUUUUAACUUCUCUAAAAUGGCUUCCCCUAAGGGAAUGAAGAAAUUGAUAUAAAGCAGGCUGAAUGUACUGCCUGAAGAGCGCCCAGAGGCCAGGUGCAAAGGAGAAGCAGAGCAGUGAGAACCAGGUCUGUUUCGUUACAACUGGGGGGCAUGCCAGAGUGCUGCUAGGUACAGCUGCAGACUGCACACAAACGUGCUUCUCAUUUCAUUAUUUAUACCUGAUAUUUAAAUGGUCUGCUUUUUGCUGUUUCUGCAGUUUCGAACGAGAAGCAUACUUUCUACUAAAGAUAGCAAAUAAAUUACAAGAUUCAUUUAAUGAAGCAGCCUGAUUCUCUGAGAAUCAUGAAGGUCUCUGUGUUACGCCCCCCCUUGUCAACCGCAGACCAACCAGGUCGAGGGAAAGGAGUAGCCCCCUUGCAGUGAGCAGUCACUCACAGUGUUAGGAUGCACUCCCUUAGGAUGGCUGAGGGAGGUCCACUGCCAAAUCAUGUUUUUACACGAUUACUCAACUACUUUGUUCCCGAGACCCACAGUGGAGAACUAAAAUUCAUUUCUAAAAACAUAGAUGAAGGCAGCAUAUUUGGGGUAUCAGUCUAACUACAUAAAAAAAAAUGUGCUUUCACAGUGAUCAGAUUGUUCAUCUACAGAUUUUAUUUUUAAAAAUCUGGAUGUAAGUAGAGAAUUUCAGUAUUUGUUUUCUCUUGAUUUUUGAAGUCAUUUCUUCUUUACUCAAGUUUUGUGACACGUGGUUGAAAAGGAGUAAACAUGGCUCCAAUUAUAGUACUAGAAUCUUUUCCUUCAGAUGAUUUGUCCCCAUACACGGACCUCACGCACACAUGUCAUUUUCUGAAGCCUAGAUCUUGUUACCAACCCAUCAGGUGCGGUGUCAGUUUCAAACCAAAUUAUCUAAGGAAAUAAGAAAACAGAGGCAGCAGAAUAUUGGUACACAUUAUAGUCCAAAGCGUUUAGCUAAGACAAAACAAAAAUGUUUAUAGUUGUCUACUGGUCAUGUUUUUGAUCAGAAGAAAGAAGGUGGAAAGGAAAGAAGUUACAAGUAAUAGACUUCUUCAAUGGGGGAAACAUGGUUGGAUCCAACUAAAGCAAACAGACCCAUCUUUAAGGGUCUGGAUUUGGUAGGUCUAACUACAUAGCAGUGUUAACUCCAUUUCUCAUACCAUUAGCUCUCUAGAAAAUAAAGAAAAGUAGUUCUAGUGUGGUCAAGUUACAAACCAGUAUUGUAAAAAAAUAGCAACUAUUCACUUGUUCACAACAUGCACAUUUAGAAUAGUUAGGUGCCAUUUAUAAGGUAAGUCCUUUAAAAUUCUAUGAUACAUUAUUAAAGUAGUGGUUAUAUGGUCUGAUAUAUGCUGCUCUUGGUUCUAUAAACUAGAUAAAAAGCAGUGCUUUGUGAAAUGCAGUGUUAUAUCUUAAUGCCACUGGUGAUAGAAAGUAGUUCCCUUCAGUUCCUAUCCUGUGCCCUUAUUUGCUGCUUGCUGACGUAAGCAAUAAGUAACCCUCUAACAAUGGUAUCUACACAUUUCUGUAACUUGUAUUUAAUGAUGGUGUAUUUGGUGAUUGUAAAACCAUUAGACAGAUGAAAAAGUAUCUAUAUAAUAUAUAUUAACUGUUAAUGCUGAGGUAUAGUCUGUGAAUCAUGUGUUUGUACCUUUAUUCAUUGUGUAACCUAGUGGUGGUAGAAGUUCUACUCAAUCUUAAAGAGUGGCAGUAACCCUUUUUCAACUUAACAUGAUCUGCAUCAAUUUGUUUGCCUGCUAAUACACAAGUUUUGUUAGAAUAGGAAAUAGUAAAAAAAAUAAUAAUUAUAUACAUAUAUAUAUAUAAAGAAAGUGUAGUACUAGUUAGGGAAACAGACUUCACCAAUUGAAGUCACUACAAACUCCUUGUACAUUCACUGUGAAUUUCAAAGGGAGUCAGUCCCUAAUUUAAAGGUUUCCUUUUUUCACUUUCUAAAUGUGUACUUUUGAGGACUAUCUGAGGGUAGGCAACAUCGCAGAACCAAACAUUGGGGCUAUCAAUCCCACUUAGGUCUGUACUAACGGGGAUGGUAGAAACACAUGUGUAUAUCUUUUCUUUACCUAGAAGUGCCAUCCAUUGUCCUUGAAUUAAUAUGAUUAAAGUUACUGUUGCAUUUAAUUUAACUUGGAGGCUCCUAGAAAGUAACAUCUUUUCCAAGGACAAUGUCAACAGCCAGUCUCAAUCUGACCACAUUUAUAGUGGUAUAGUGUCAACACUGCAUUUUCAUCACCACACUCCACUCCAUUUUUGGAACACUGUGCCGGUUACCAGUGCAACAUCCGAUGGGCAGAUGCAAAAGACGCACAAGUUCAGUGUUUGUAGAAAAAACUGUGGUGGUUCAGGCGAUUCCUUCCCCAUCAAAGGCUUGCUAAGGCUUUGUGAGAAACUAAUAGAAGUUAUCACUUUAAUUUCAAAACUUAGUUUGUUUACUCAAUGAGCAUUCUCACGAAAGCCAGGCCAUAAAACAUACUAUAGUUUCAUUCACCUCUUAAUUUGAUCAUCCCUUAGUUUGUGAUCUUGGGAUCACAAAGUGGUAAGAAGAGGAACUUAUUUUUUUUCACCAUUGAAAAAUAUGUGGUAUUACGGGAAAAUGCCCAUACUUUUCUGUUCUGACCUCUGAAUAGUUUAAAUGUCUUUUUUUGAAAACAAAGAUACUGCCAGUAUUACAAUAUAACUGUUUUCCAGACAAGUGGUACUGUGUUGAAAAAUGUUACUUCCUCUAGCAGCAUUUUAUCUUGUAUUUUGAAGACUUUAUGAUACCAGUAAGAAAAUACAAAAUAAAAUAGGGCAUUCUAGAUUGACAAAGCAGUUGUUUUCAAAAAGGAAAAACUCUAAUCAACUUUGAUGUAUUAGAUAAUCCAUAGAUACAUCACUGUAAACUUUUACUCUAGGUGCUCUUCCGUGAGAGACAGCCUUUGUUCUCUUGUUCAUGACAUUUCUCUGCAAAGAAUUCUCUAUGGAGUGAAGCAAAUGAAGUGAAUCAUUUCUUACCAAGUAAACUUGUCAAUUUACAAACCUGCUCUACAGCUCACUUUUGAGUUCAGUAGUAAUCAUGAGUGAUCCUUCAUAUUUUAUUUAUUAAAACUAUUCAUUCAGGUAAAGAACAUGUUGAAAUUUUGCCAAUAUCUUAAUAAAACCCAGCAAUUUAAAAUUA